CCAGUUAACUUUCAGCUGCUCACCGUCAGCUGUACAGCGUCUUCAACAUGACCAAGCAGCUGCUGCUGUUGUCGCUCUCGUUGCAGGUGGCGUGGGUGGCGGCGCUGCUCCGCGGCCUCCCUGCCGGAACCUGUAAGCCAGUGUGUAGCGGCAAGUUCCCUCAGGAUAAAGUAGCGGAUCCUGCCAACUGCACUAAGUAUUACAUAUGUUUGGAUGAUGAAACGCCCUCGGUCAUUUCAUUUCCUUGUCCAGCUGGUCAAGAGUUCGAUGCAACAACCACAUUCGAGUGUGUUACACCUGCUGAUGGUGCCCCACCUUGCGUCGCUAGCUGCACAAUACCACCUUGCCGCACAACAUGCACCAACGACCCGGACGCGAUUCCUGAUCCGAAGAAUUGCAACAUGUACUACGUUUGCUCGGGUGGCAACAUUCUGGGACCAUUAGAAUGUCCUGCUGGCAAACCUUACUUUGACAGCACCGGCCGGGCCUGUGCCGCGAGCUCCUCCGUGUGCUGCAGUGACCCGUGUGUUGCCAUGUGCGUGGAGGGGCAAGCACAGACCCAAGACCCCUACGACUGCCACAAGUUCUACUACUGCGCCGCCGUGGGACCAGCCGAAGAUAUGUAUCAUUCUACCUGCCCAUCAGAUGAAAUUUUUGAUUCAGAAUCGAAUGCGUGUGCAUCAGAUGUUGAUUGUAACACAGUGUGUGGCGACAUCACGGUCCCCGGCGAAAGUACGACUACUCCAUCUCCUGACUGCCUGGAUUCAAUGACGUGCACGGCAGUGGGACGAUUCCCCAAAUGCCCGACGUGUGACCAGCAGUACUUCAACUGUCGCAAUAUCGCGCUCUGA